GAUUUGUUGCGACAAAUCAACAUAACCUACAGAUUGUUUGCAAAGUGCGCAUAAAGUUCAAUUUAUUACUUACUUUGUGCAUGUGAAUAUCCAAAUAAAGUGGUUACUGAAGAUCCAGAACACAUUUUGAUAAUUUAUACACAGAUUUUUACUUAAUUUGGUCGUGAAAUCUUCAGUUUUCAACUUGUACGCGUUACUUGUUUGCUAUACAACUGAAGUGAAAACAUUGGAGUUAAAGUAAAAUCUAAUGGAUGAUCAACAAGAAGAAAAACCUUUUGCUGUUGAUAGAGCUAAAGCCGGUCGUGCUGCUUGUAAAAAAUGCAAAGAAAAAUGUGAGAAAGGUGAACUACGUCUUGCAAAACUUGUGCCUAGUCCGUAUGGCGAGGGAAAAAUGAAGAGUUGGUUUCAUCUUACGUGUCUUUUCGAACAAUUCCUGAAACAACGCGCUAAUACUAAACGCUUAGAAAAUUCUUCUGAAUUAGAAGGUUGGGAUCUCCUAGAUCAAAACGAUAAAGAUGCUAUUGUUCAAAAAUGGGAAGAAUAUGAAAAGAUAAUAUGCGAGAAAUACCAUCUGGAUUACAAAGGAAAUACUUUUAUCAAAGAUGAAGUAAAACAAUCACCGUUAUCAACUUCAAAGAAAACCAAAGAUGAAAGCAAGGAUGAUAAUGACAACAAGGACGGAUUAUUUAGAGAAUUCCGGCGAUUAGUUGCAGAUAUUACGAAUGUCAGUAGUUACACGGAUAAAACAAAUAUUGUCCAGAAUUUAUUCACCAAAAAAGAAGGUUUUAAAGGCGACGUUACUCUCUGGUGUCGCUUGCUAUUACCUGGUGUUAUGAAACGCAUUUAUAAUCUACAAAGCAAGCAGUUAGUAAAACUCUUCAGCCGGAUAUUCCAUGCAGAUCAAAGUGAUAUGUUGGAACACUUGGAGCAGGGCGAUAUUGGUGAAACAAUUCAACACUUCUUCGAAGAAAGCACGCGGUGCAAACCAGCAAAGAAAAGCACUGUUACCAUGGUAGAAGUGGAUAACUUCUUAGAGCAUUUGUCAAAACUAACAAGAGAAGAAGAUCAAAUAGAUCAUUUUAAAUCAUUCGCGAUGAAAUGUACAGCAAAUGAUUUAAAAAUGAUAAUUAGACUUAUAAAACACGAUUUGAGAAUGAACGCCGGUGCUAAACACAUUUUAGACGCUGUACAUCCAGAAGCAUAUGAGUCGUAUCAAUCUACAAGGGAUUUGAAAACCGUCAUCGAAAGAUGUUUGAGUUCUAAGGGCAAUUCUAAAGUUAAUAAAGGUAUUCAGGUGUUAACACCAGUUUUACCAAUGUUGGCUGAACCUUGCAAGUCAAUCGAACAAGCUCUGAAGAAAUGUCCCAAUGGAAUGUACUCAGAGAUUAAAUAUGAUGGUGAACGAGUUCAGUUGCAUAAAAAGGGAAACGAGUUUAAGUACUUUUCGAGGAGUUUAAAACCUGUUAUGCAACAUAAAAUCGCACAUUUCAAAGAUUACAUUCCGCAGGCUUUCCCGCACGGGAAAGAUUUAGUACUGGACAGUGAAAUUUUAAUGGUGGACACCGAAACAGGAAAACCGCUCCCGUUUGGAACUCUAGGUGUGCAUAAACGUGAGGGUUAUGAAAAUGCAGCCGUAUGUUUGUUUGUUUUUGAUUGUAUAUAUUUUAACGGUGAAGUAUUAACUGAUAAGCCUUUAAAAACACGUAAACGUAUUCUUCAAGAGAAUAUGACACCUAUUCCCAAUCAUAUUAUGUUCUCCGAAAUGAAACACAUCACCGAACCUAAAGAAUUAGCUGAUAUGAUAACAAAAGUGUUAAAAAUGGGUCUGGAAGGACUUGUACUGAAAGAUGUGAAGUCUAUUUAUGAACCCGGCAAGCGUCAUUGGUUGAAAGUGAAAAAAGAUUAUCUUUUCGAUGGAGCUAUAGCUGACUCUGCUGAUUUGAUAGUCCUUGGAGCGUGGUACGGCACCGGAAAGAAAGGCGGCAUCAUGUCAAUCUUCCUAAUGGGCGUGUACGAUGAAAAAACGGACAAAUUCAAAACCGUCACGAAGGUGCACACAGGUCACGAUGAUAAAACCCUAGCGCGAUUACAAGAUGAAUUGAAAAUGGUGAAGAUUAGUAGCGAUCCGAACAAAGUUCCAAAUUGGUUGAAGUGCACACGUACAAUGGUGCCUGAUUUUGUGGCGGAGGAUCCAAAGGCACAGCCGGUGUGGGAAAUUACAGGAGCGGAGUUCAGCCGUCAGCAUGAUGUGCACACAGCGAACGGGAUUUCGAUUCGCUUUCCGCGCGUCACGAAGAUUCGUGACGAUAAGACGUGGAAAACCGCGACGAGUUUGGAAUACUUAGAGCAAUUAUUCGCCACGUCGAAGGAGACUUUUGACGGAUCGCUGUUUAAUGAUGAAUUAAAAUCAUUGAGUUCCACGAGUGCCAGCACAUCGAAAAACUCAUUAAUAACUGAUUACAUGGAUGAGAAACCUGGGACAUCGCCUAUAAAAAAGAAACAAAGAGACAGCAAAAGACGAUUUGCUGACAGUGAUGAUGACGAUAAUGAAAACAAUGAUUCUAUCAUUUCUCCUAUUAAAUCACCUAAAAAAGAAGUUAAAAGUCCAGUAAAAUCACCAAAGAAACCAAAAUUGGAUUUUGUUGAACCCUUGCCUUCGUAUUUUGAAGGUAUCAAUGUAUUACUGUCCAAUGAAUGUGUACAGUCAGAAAAUGAAUAUUUAUUGCGGUCGUUUAUUGCGUACAGUGGUAAUUUAAUCAAACAAAUCGAUCAUGAGCAAGCGACGCAUGUUCUUCAUAAUGUCGCUGAAAUUCCUUUUGAACAACGCUAUGAUAUUCAAUGCCCGAAAACAGCUUAUCAUGUGACUACAAAAUGGGUGCACGAUUCGAUUGUCGCACAACGUACUGUUGAUGUUGAGCCUUAUUUAGUCAAGUUGCUGGCUUAACGUGUUUGUUUACGUAAAUGUAAACUGUUUGCUUAAAUUUUCAUAAUAAAGAAAUACGCAAUGUUGUUAGAUUUUAAA